CAUUAUUUCAUGAUGUGUGUGUGGAGCCACCUUUUUUCUUUAGCUAACUUUUGCGUCAUAUUAGUUAGACGAACAAAAAAUUGGCUUAAGUGUGGUGUUUGCAUGCUGUAAACAGUUUUAAAUAACUAUUUUUUAACGACGGAGAUUCUAAUUCAUACUUAAUAACCAUCAUCUGACAUUAUCAAACAUCUUAACUUUAUGGGAAAUUUAGUGUGGUCAUGGUAAUAAGAAAAUUAACAUAUUGGCAACACUGGUAGCAACAGAAUCAAACAACUAUUGGCUGUAGUAUUCGGCUCAGCGCGCAUCAUUUGAAGCACGAGUCGUUGAAUCCCCAAACAUUCCUCCACGCAUCCCGAGACAAUGAUACAUACGAGCUGAGUAACACAUUACAUGUGUUUGCUUUCUGUAUAAGCCAACGUCACCAAGAAGAACUCAAAGGAUGGGGGACCGCGGCGACGGGGCGGGCGACCGGGAGAUCCUGCCCGCCGACCACCCGCUCAUGAGGCGCUUCCAGCAGGCCCUCCGCGACCAGCUGCAGCUGCAGAAGGCCCAGCUCUCCGAGGAGGUGUCAGCGCUGGAGGCGGAGGUGAAGGAGCAGACGGCGGCGCGCGAGCGGCUGGGCGAGCGGCUCUACGACAGCCAGCAGGAGUGCCAGCGGCAGCUGAGGACGCUCGACGCGUGCCACGCCUCGCUCUCCGCGGCCGCUGAGGACCGCGCGCGGCACCAGGAGUCGGUGGCCGCGUCGCGCGCCGCUCAGCGCGAGCGAGCCUGCAGGCUGGCCGAGGCGCACGGAAAAGGUACCGCUUCACUUAGCGCGUUCGUUCGUUCGUUCGUCAUGCGCUUGAGCACGUGAUCAUCCUCAUCCAGUGGCGUAGCCAGGAUUUGUGUAUGGGGGGGUGUU